AUAAUAAUAAGAGAUAUUAAUUUACCCCCCUUAGCUAAUAAAUUCUCUAAGGAGUUUAGCAGAAUAUUAGUAUCUAUAUUAAUAGAUUUAUUCUCUAAAUAUAAUCAGUUAAAAUUAGCAGAAGAAUUAUACAACUUAAUAGCUUUUUAUAUACCUAGGAUUAAUUUAAUUAAUAUAGUGCUAGAAUUUAUAUAUAAGAUUAUAAAAGUGCUUAUUAAUAAUAUCCCUAAUAUCUAUAAUAUAUUUUUAGAUAAUACUCUAAUACAAGGUCCUAAGACUAACUAUAGAGAAGAGAAAGUACUGCCUAAAAUCAGGAGGUUUAUAUUUAAAUAUAUCUAA